GCAACAUAACACAGGAGACAUGAGCGGACGAGUCGGAGACUUGAGCCCAAAGCAGGCUGAAAUCUUAACUGAGUUUCGGGGGAGGAUCCAGGACAUCCUCCCCAACCUGCCUGCACAGCACGACCACUACCUCCUCCGCUGGCUCAGAGGUGAGACCGGCAGCCCUCCGCUGAAACCUGGACAGGGAGCGUUUAGUGUUUAGCAUUUUCUCUGUGUGGGUACAAUGCUGGCAAAACAACAAUCACACAGCCGUCCAGCCCGAAGCUUCAGCGUUCAGAAAGCUGAAGCCAUGGUCAGAAAGCACCUGGAGUUCAGGAGGAAGAUGAACGUAGAUACCAUCAUAUGUGACUGGAAACCUCCAGAGGUGAUCGAGAAGUACGUGUCUGGAGGGAUGUGUGGAUACGACCGAGAGGGAAGUCCCAUCUGGUACGACGUCAUCGGCCCUCUGGAUCCCAAAGGUCUGCUGCUGUCCGCCACCAAACAGGACUUCAUGAAGACAAAGAUCAGACACGCAGAGAUGCUGCAGCGGGAGUGUCGGAGGCAGUCUGAGAAGUUGGGGAAGAACGUUGAAGCCAUCACUCUGAUCUAUGACUGUGAAGGACUCGGACUGAAACACAUUUGGAAACCUGCCAUUGAGGCCUAUGGAGAGAUCCUCACCAUGUUUGAGGAGAACUAUCCAGAGGGGCUGAAAAGAGUGUUUCUUAUCAAAGCUCCCAAAAUGUUUCCUAUGGCCUACAACCUAAUCAAACACUUUCUGUGUGAGGAAACACGACGUAAGAUCAUCGUUUUAGGAGGUGACUGGCAAGAAGUGUUAUGUAAACAUAUUGACCCAGAGCAGCUUCCUGUGGUGUACGGAGGGACCCUGACUGACCCUGAUGGAGACCCUCGCUGCAGAACCAUGAUCAACUACGGCGGUACAGUGUCCAGGUCGUACUAUGUUCGGGAGUCGGUGAAGGUUCAGUACGACAGCAGUGUGACCAUCAGCCGCGGCUCGAUCUUCCAGCUGGAAUAUGAUGUUACAGCACCGAGCAGCCUUCUGAGGUGGCAGUUUGCCAGCGACGGAGCAGAUAUCGGGUUCGGAGUGUACAGACGGACCAAAGAGGGUGGCGGUCAGAAAGUGGCUGAGAUGCUGCAGGUUCUGCCCAGCGAACGCUACAAUGCACACCUGGUCCCUGAAGACAGCUGCCUCACCUGCCCCGAGCCCGGAGUCUACGUGCUGUGUUUUGAUAACAGCUACAGUCUCCUGCAGUCCAAGAAGGUGAGCUACAAUGUCGAGGUUCUUCCUCCUCCAGAAGGACAGAUGCAGAGUCCAUGCAGCAGAGGAGACAGGAGGCUGCAGUGAGGACGUCCUCCCCUGAAAACACAGAUCCCUGUGUGACAGUGUUCACUGAGCGUCACCAAUCAUUGACAGCAAAAUCAAUGCUUUUGCACCAGGGCCGGAUCAACCCCCAGGGCAAAAAUGAGCUGCGGACACCUAGUAACACCGCCACCUCUCCCACUCUGUGCUUUGUGUAUGUAUUAGUUCGUAAUUAGUUUGUGGUAACUGGAUUAAAGAGUAACUUAACACCAGGCAGAAAAGCAGCGUUUCACAGCCCUCUCUGGCUGAAGGUUUCAUGCCUGUUUCACCUCCGACCACAAACAGCAUCGCUGAUGGUCAGGGGCCCCGGGGCCCGUCUAAUCCAGACGUGUUUUGCAUUGCGGUGUGUAAAGAUUUACAGUGUGUGACUGCGACAAUUCAGGACAACAAUGACAUGAAUAUUAUUUUGUAAGAACGUGUUUCGCCAGCAGUUCAACUGUACAAGCUCGGCGUUUAGUGUAGAAGGAUCACUUUCUAAAGCUUCGUCGCGUUUUUGUAAUUUCAUCUUCGGACUGUGAGAAGCCACAGCCACCUGACUGCAGUUGUUGUGUUUGUGCUUGAUAGCAGCUAAACUAACAAGAAGGACAACACAAAGGGAGCGAAGCUACUUUCUGAGGUCAUUUAUCAAGUGGAGUUCUGCGUCAGAUCGUCGCGUGUUUGAUAAUUUUACAAUUAUGCUGCUCAUAUUGUUGGACUUGGCCAUUUAUUAUUAGUCUGAGAACAACCAUAAUGUGUUGAAAUGACGGAUGUUGGUAAUAAUCUUGCGUGUGCUGUCUAAAUACACCCUUGAAAAACAUUAUAAAGUCAUUAUGAUGACAGAACUCAUGAAAUCAUGUAAACAAAAUAAUGUUUUUUUUAAUUUAUGAAGAAUCUUCAGUUACAUAUAGUUUGUAUGUUGAUGUUACUUGUAAUAAAAGCAGAACUUGUGUCUUGAAACUGAACAGAAA